UUCUCAAACAAACUUCUACCCACUCUCUCAGUAGUACAAAGAGCUAUCUUGUUUGAUCAUAUCACCAGCAAUGGCUUCUCAUGGGAACCAACUUACUUCAAUCUUCUCUCUGAUGUUCAUCAUGUUCAGUACAUUGUUUCUCAUUAGCGGCAACCACGUGACGGUUGUUCAAGCAGGUCGUUAUCUAUUGGAAACAACAGAAACUGUUCCGGAGAUUCCAACACCUACAUUACCUAAAUUUGAACUACUACCAUUUCCUGAGAUCCCAAGCUUUCCAAAGCCAGAAUUGCCACAGUUGCCAAAGCUUGAAAUUCCAGUUCUACCGAAACCAGAGUUGCCGGAACUGCCCAAGAUUGACAUCCCGUCAUUUCCAAAGCCCGAGUUUCCAUCAUUUCCUAAACUUGAAAUCCCUUCUCUGCCUAAGCCCGAAUUGCCAUCAGUUCCAAACACUAAAACGGCGUCUUUAACCGAGAAGCCUGAGGUGCCAAAGCUUGACGUUCCAACUCUGCCAAAACCUGAAUUGCCAAAAUUCGACGUGCCUACUACAAUUCCAAAGCCUGAGUUGCCGAAGCUUGAAGUCCCAAAGCCCGAGUUGCCAAAGCUUGAAGUGCCAAAGCCGGAGUUGCCAAAGCUUGAAGUACCAAAGCCUGAGUUGCCGAAGCUUGAAGUCCCAAAGCCCGAGUUGCCGAAGCUUGAAGUGCCAAAGCCUGAGUUGCCAAAGCUUGAAGUCCCAAAGCCUGAGUUGCCGAAGCUUGAAGUCCCAAAGCCUGAGUUGCCAAAGCUGGAUGUUCCCAAGCCAGAAUUACCGAAGUCCGAGUUGCCUAAGACAGAACUCCCUAAGCCUGAACUUCCCAAGCCUGAGUUGCCAAAGACCGAAUUGCCGAAGCUGGAAAUUCCCAAGCCUGAAUUACCAAAACUUGAUAUCCCAACUUUUCCAAAGACUGAAACGGUGUCUUUAACCGAGAAGCCAGAGGUGCCAAAGCUUGACGUUCCAACUCUGCCAAAACCUGAGUUGCCAAAACUCGACGUGCCUACUACUCUUCCAAAGCCUGAGUUUCCGAAGCUUGAAGUCCCAAAGCCCGAGUUGCCAAAGCUUGAAGUCCCAAAGCCUGAGUUGCCGAAGCUUGAAGUCCCAAAGCCUGAGUUGCCGAAGACAGAACUUCCUAAGCCUGAACUUCCCAAGCCUGAGCUGCCAAAGCUGGAAUUUCCCAAGCCUGAAUUCCCAAAAUUUGAUAUCCCAGCUUUUCCAAAACUUGUAUUCCCCAAGAUCCCUACUGAUUUUCCUAAACCUGAACUGCCCAAGUUUGAAAUCCCAAAACUGCCAGAAUUGCCUAAAAUUCCAGAAACUCUACCAAAACCAACAUUGCCUGAGCUUCCUAAAGACUCUCACUCAACCAGCCCUUGAUUGAAUAGUUCUCCCAGUUGAAGUCCUCCAAUCUAAGUGGUGACAUUUUCGAGGAUAUGCAUCUACAUUCGAGUUUCUGAUUUCGAGCUUUUCUAUUCAGUUUGGUAAUUCCUGAUGGUUUAUGGUUUGUAUAUGUCAUGCCUAUCUUGCUUGCUUUCAUAGUUUUCUGUAUUAUUUGGCUCAUAUUGACGCCGUAUACGCUGUUUGUUUAAUUUUUUAUAGCAGUAUAUCUGUUGUCUGUAUGGGAUAUGUUUCAUCGGAGGGGAUCUGUAUUCAUUGUAUUGAUCAUAUAGUUCCCUGUAUAUUUAUGAAUUUGCGUAUCUAGAACUAGUAAAAUUGCGCGCUA